AUGGAUGUAGAAAAUAUUUUAGAUGUUUCAGUUGCUGCCACCUCAGUUCGUGUCCGAGGUGCCUGUGAGGCAUCUGCCCACGGAGUGAGAGAACUGGCCACUAAAGGCAACUCGAAAAUUCCUUUCUUGUCAACCUGGUGUGAGCACAAUUAUGUACAUUUUGGAAGAUAUAAAAUGUUUUCUAUGCUUAAGGGAAAGAUAUAUGGUGCAACUCGCGAAGAGAUUAGCAAAAUAAUUGAAAAAUGUGCUGAUUGUCAGCUAAUAAACAAAAAUGACCGUCUUUAUGUUCAAAUUGAUGAGAAAUUGUACACCCCUGAGGAGAUAUCGGGAAUGGUGUUGUCAAAAAUGAAGGAAAUCGCGGAAAAGUAUUUGGGACAGGAAGUUAAGGAGGCAAUUGUGACUGUACCUGCAUAUUUCAACGACGCUCAAAGACAGGCCACCAAAGAUGCAGGAACAAUCGCAGGAUUGAAUGUCCUGAGGAUAAUAAACGAACCAACUGCGGCGGCUAUUGCCUAUGGAGUGGAUAAGAAAAUGAAGGAAAGGAAUGUGUUGGUCUACGAUUUGGGGGGAGGGACCUUCGAUGUGACCCUUUUGACAAUCGAUGAGGGGGUAUUUGAAGUGUUGGCCACAAAUGGGGACACUCAUUUGGGAGGGGAGGACUUUGAUCAGAAUGUGAUGGAAUAUUUCAUCAAAGUUAUCAAAAAGAAGUCAGGGGUUGAUAUUCGUUCGGUCAAAGCUAUGCAAAAACUGAGAAGAGAAGUAGAAAAGGCAAAAAGAACGCUUUCCUCUCAACAUCAAGCAACUCUUGAAAUAGAAGACUUGUUCAAACAAACUGACUUUUCGGAAGUUCUGUCCAGAGCUCGAUUUGAGCAGUUGAACAUUGAACUAUUCAAGAAAACUUUAAUUCCAGUCCAGACAGUACUCGAUGAUGCUGGACUUAAAGCCUCGGAUGUAGACGAAGUGAUUCUUGUUGGCGGAUCAACCCGAAUUCCUCACAUUCAGACAUUGGUCAAGAAUUUCUUCAACGGAAUGGAACCAGCCCGAGGAGUCAAUCCUGACGAGGCAGUCGCAUUUGGGGCAGCCAUUCAAGCAGGAGUGCUUUCUGGUGAGGGUUCGGACAUGGUUCUGCUGGAUGUGACACCCCUUUCGCUGGGAAUUGAAACUAUGGGAGGAGUGAUGCACAAACUAAUUCAAAAAAAUACUGUCAUUCCGACAAAACGUCAAAACACGUUUUCUACAGCCGUGGACAAUCAGCCGGGUGUUGAUAUCCUUGUGUUUCAAGGAGAGAGAGAUCAGACCAAGUUCAAUAAGAAGAUUGGGAAUUUCCACCUUUCAGGAAUCCCACCCGCCCCUCGAGGAACUCCUCAAAUUGAGGUCACUUUUGAAAUUGACGUGAAUGGGAUUCUCACAGUCAGUGCUGUUGACAAGUCCUCAAGCUUUUCUCAGUCUCUUGUCAUUGAUUCAAGUGCUGACCGUCUUUCGAAAGAGGAGAUUGACAAAAUGAUCAGGGAUGAGGUCGAAUUUGCGGAGGAAGAUCGUCUGUUCAAGGAAAGGACUGAAUCCUUCCAAAGAUUCGAGGCUGCUGCCUAUCAGCUCAGCGCACAGUUGAAAGAUGAUUCAAAAUUGGGUGGAAAAUUGAAUUCUGAAGACAAAAAAGCUUUGGAAACCGAAACUUCCAGUGCUUUGGACUGGCUCAAUUCCAAUAAAAAUGCUUCUGUGGAUGAAAUCAAAAAACGUCUCUCUGAAUUCGAGUCUGUCGUUCAUCCUAUCACUUCCAAAUUUGGAUCCGCACAACCUAAUCAAGCUUCUGAAGAACUUUAG